GAUAUUUAGUGCAAAUCAUGAAUCAUUUUCAGAAUAUUUUAUUGUCUUCAGGGAUAGACUUAGCAACUGCUUUUUCACCAGUGGAGAGCAUAGCAGGUGCAACGUGGGAUUCCGAAUGUAAUUUAUAUGUGUCACACAGGCACCAAUAUUGUCCCCAGCUGUAUGUCCGCUGUGCCAGAGUGGAAGACCAUGAUGAUCUCACCCCUAUCUUUGCACGCCACAAUGAUACCCUGAGAAAAACCUAUGGAGAUUACUUCCUUGCUGAACUGAUAGAAGCACAAGAUGAAGAGAAUCGUGCUGUAGUUUGUGAGGAUGAUGGCAUGGCAGUGGGCUUCAUGAGUGUAUGUUCUGAAGUGAGUAUACAGUUGCUUCACGACUGUUUUGACUUGGGUCCCUUCCACGGACUAUGUAAACCACACCCAGAUGACAUUCUUAAGCCACCACGGAAGCCAAGUGACACAGCUGAUGAAACCAGUGUAACAAGUCAAAAGAAGAAACGGGAGAUACAGAGAGUGAGCUCUGUGAUUCAGAAAGAGAAGCAUGUUUUCCAUGAUAAUAUGCAGAGUAAGGCACCCAGCUGCCUGAGUCUCCCAAGUUCCUUGGCCCCUUAUAAAGACUGA